GGGGCCAUAGGGCUUCAACAGGGAGAGGGAGAUAGAAGAAAGAGAAAGGUGAAAACUCGCUGCUACCGAAAAUCGAUCGAUUUCUCGUUUGCGAGCUCCCUGCUUUGGAUUUUUCUGAUGAGAUUGCUGUAUUACACACCCUACACAUACUGCUGCAGCUUUAACAUGAUAACCGAUUUAUAUUGAUUGAAGAGUUUUUGGAAAUCUUGGAACAUUACACUCCUUAACAUCAAUUAUAGACCACCACAUUAUGUGGAACUUUGCAUCCAAUUGUGUAGCUGGGAAUAUAGGGCUAAAGAAUGAGGCUCUGAGGGAUACUCAGCAUUCAGCAGAUUGCUCAGACGAUGAAACCUCUUCAAGAACCAGCAGGGAGGAGGGGCUUGAGUGCCCAAUAUGCUGGGAAUCUUUUAACAUUGUUGAAAACGUACCCUAUGUUCUAUGGUGUGGCCAUACACUUUGUAAAAACUGCAUACUAGGACUACAAUGGGCUGUUGUGAAAUUUCCUACUUUGCCGCUUCAGCUUCCACUGUUUAUAGCUUGUCCCUGGUGCAAUGUGUUAUCCCUUCGUUUGGUUUAUAGAGGGAACCUUAAGUUUCCUCGUAAGAACUUCUUUCUUCUCUGGAUGCUCGAGAGUAUGAAUGGUGACAGAACAAAGUCUCAUAAUUCAUCUUGUGGGGAUCAUCAACAGACAGCCUGGUCAUCAUCUACAAAAUUCUUAGGAAGUACAGCAAGCCAGUCUAACCGACAGAGGGGACAGUAUGUUCAUCACCCAGAAUCAUCAGGCUCGAACCAUGAUCACAAUCACAUUAGUGGUUCUCUUGCUAUUGAGAGACUUCAUUCUUCUCUGCGCAAGUCUCUCAUUUUCUUUGUUCAUUUGACAGCCAAGUUCCCUCUGGUGGUUAUAUUUCUCCUGAUCAUCAUGUAUGCUAUACCUGCCAGUGCAACUAUCUUGGCUUUGUACAUGCUCAUCACCGUUGUGUUUGCUCUCCCAUCUUUUCUAAUUCUGUACUUUGCAUAUCCCAGUUUGGAUUGGCUAGUUCGAGAAAUCAUCACCUGAUCAUGUGAUACCAUAAACAUUUGUGUUGCAAAGCAGCAAAUCAGUUGAGUGCAUCUUAAUUGAAUGCAUAAUUUGACGACAUUUCUGGCAUCGGUGCUCUUUGUAAACUCUUUCAUGGUGUGAGAGGGCGACCAUGUUUCAAGUCAUUUUAGCCUAGAAUCAUCUCAUAUAUUGGUGUUGGGUAUGCCAUUUAGCAAUUGUCAGGUUGUAAUUCGUUUUCUACAAUAGCAACCAUUCUCCAACAUCUGAAUCAAAUUGGUUCUAGUCAUUGUUAAUACAAGUAAUUUUGAUAAGGAGACUGGCUGUUCUGUAUUUCCACAAUAUCUGUAUCAUCAUUUGGGAACUACUGUCUAAAGAUUGUG